AUGGAAUAUUUCUCUGCUGAGACCAAUUCAACUGACCUACCCUCACGGCCUUGGGCUAAACCCCAAGUAAUUCUCUCCAUGGCCAUUCUCAGCCUCACUUUUUUAUUGGGAUUGCCAGGCAAUGGGCUGGUGCUGUGGGUGGCUGGCCUGAAGAUGCGGCGGACAGUGAACACGGCCUGGUUUCUCCAUCUCACUCUGGCAGACUUCCUCUGCUGCCUCUCCUUGCCCUUCUCUCUGGCUCACUUGGCUCUCCAGGGACACUGGCCCUACGGCUGGUUCCUGUGCAAGCUCAUCCCAUCCAUCAUCAUCAUCAACAUGUUUGCCAGUGUCUUCCUGCUAACUGCCAUUAGCCUGGACCGCUGUCUUGUGGUACUCAAGCCAGUCUGGUGCCAGAAUCAUCGCAAUACAGGGACAGCCUUCACUAUCUGUGGAUGCAUCUGGGUGGUGGCUUUUGUAAUGUGUAUACCUGUGUUCAUAUACCGAGAAACAUUCACUGCAGACAACCAGAAUAUGUGUGGCUACAAUUUCGGCCUCUCCAGCUCAUUAGAUUAUUCAGACUUCAUCUUUGAUCUAGAUUUACUAGAAAAUGGGUCUGUUGACGAUACGUUUGUUCAGAUGCCUGGAGAAAUGGAUGAUAGGUUAAAUCUUUCCUCUUUCCAAACAAAUGUUCAUCCUUGGACAGCCACAACUGUCCUCCCUUCUCAGACAUUUCAAAGAUCUUCGGGGGAUUCACACCGUAUGGAUUCAGCUAGAUCAUCCAGUCAACACUCGUAUUAUAACUCACUUAAACCUGCAGAUGUGGUCUCACCUACAAUCCCCAGUGCGUUUCCCAUUGAAGACCAUAGAAUUACCCCACUGGAUAACUCUGAUGCUUUUCACUCUACUGAGUUAGAGCUUUCCCCUAGUACUUCUAGCAAUUUUUUAAAUGUGUCUGAGCUAUUCCAGGAUUAUUAUUUAGGCCAGUUCACGUAUGACAAUCACGUGCCAACACCCUUGGUGGCAAUAACCAUCACUAGGCUAGUGGUGGGUUUCUUGCUGCCCUUGAUUAUCAUGGUGGCCUGUUAUAGCCUAAUCAUCUUCCAAAUGCGACGGGGCCGCUUUGCCAAGUCUCAGAGCAAAACCUUUCAAGUGGCCGUGGUGGUGGUGGCUGUCUUUCUUGUCUGCUGGACUCCGUACCACAUCAUUGGAGUCCUAUCAUUGUUUAUUAACCCAGAAACUCCAUUUGGGAGAGCUCUAUUGUCCUGGGACCACGUGUCCAUUGCUCUAGCAUCUGCCAAUAGUUGUUUCAAUCCCUUCCUUUAUGCUCUCAUGGGGAAGGAUUUUAGGAAGAAAGCCAGGCAGUCCAUCCAGGGCAUUCUGGAGGCAGCCUUCAGCGAGGAGCUCACACAUUCUACCAGCUGGACCACAAACAAGGUCUUCUCGGAAGGAAACAGUAUCAGUACAACUGUGUGA